AUGCCGCGUCACGACGACUUUUACGUGCGCUACUAUGUCGGACAUCGUGGUAAGUUUGGCCAUGAAUUUAUGGAGUUUGAGUUCCGUGCAGACGGGAAACUUCGUUACGCCAAUAAUUCAAAUUACAAGAAAGACUCGAUGAUUCGGAAAGAAAUGACGGUGUCCAAGUCGGUGAUCGACGAGGUGAAGCGGAUCAUUAGCGACAGUGAAAUCACAAAAGAAGACGACAAGGAAUGGCCCGAGCCAGACCGUGUUGGCCGACAGGAACUGGAGAUCGUGUUGGGCAAUGACCAUAUUUCCUUCACGUGUGCGAAGAUUGGGUCCUUAUUGGACGUGCAAGAUAGCAAGGACCCUGAAGGUCUACACGUCCUGUACUUCUUGGUGCAGGACCUAAAGUGUCUGGUUUUCUCGCUGAUCACACUGCACUUCAAGAUCAAGCCCAUUCCGUAG